UCGACCUCGCUUCCCAAACUACCUCCGGUUCCUGUUGCUGCCAGCUCCGGGUGCAAUGAAAGCACUCGAGCAACACUCGUAAAUGUUGUCAGUCUUUAUUCGUUGCUCUGUACGCGUGGUGAAAUGCUCGUCAGCCGCUGGCUUCGGCUGUGCUCGCUGCGCGGCCGUGUAGUCCACAGCAGCAGCAGCAGCAGCAGCAGCAGCAGCAGCAGCAGCAGCGGCGGCGUCGGGGGACGAGGAAGAGGCCGGAGGACAGUGACGGGACACACCGGUCCGGAGGAUGCUAACAUGGCACCAGCGCGUCUCUGCCACGGUGAUCUGGGGGACUUGUAUCAGAAUGAGCGGGUUCAGCGGUACCUUCGGCAGCUCGUGGAGGAGCACAGGGACCUCAGCGAGAAGUUGCAGCGCGCUUACCUCAGCGAAGCAGACAGAAAAGUGCUUGCGAAGAAACACACGGAGCUGCUGCCUUUGGCCAGUCUCUUUGGUAGCGUUGAACAAGCCCUGAAGGACCAGGAGGAAGUCUCUUCACUUCUGCAUGGUCCAGCUGGUACCAAGGAUGGAGAUGAACAGCUGACCCAGCUGCUGGAAGAGGAGGAAGCGCAAAUCUCCAGCAAGAUUUUGGCCUUAAGAAAAGACUUGAUUAAAGCUCUUGUGCCCACUGACCCCCUUGACUCCAGUAAUGUCCUGCUGGAGGUUGUAUCAGGACGAACAACAGGAGGUGACAUCUGUCAGCAAUUCAACAGAGAAAUGUUUGAAAUGUACCAGGGUUUUGCCUGUUACAGGAACUGGGACUUUGAGGUUUAUAACUACACACCUGCUGAGUAUGGUGGUUUGCAUCAUGCGGCAGUAAGAAUAACCGGGGACAAUGUGUACAGACAUCUGAAGCAUGAGGGAGGAACGCACCGGGUGCAAAGGAUCCCUGAGGUGGGCCUCUCCUCGAGGAUGCAGCGUAUCCACACAGGAACCAUGACCGUCAUUAUCCUGCCUCAGCCAGUGGAGUUUGAUGUCCACAUUGAUCCAAAGGAUCUUCGCAUUGACACAUUUAGAUCUCGAGGUGCUGGGGGCCAGAGUGUCAACACAACAGACAGCGCCGUGCGGGUCGUUCAUCUCCCCACCGGCAUAUCAGCUGAAUGUCAGCAGACUCGCUCUCAGCUGCAAAACAGAGACACCGCCAUGCGUGUGCUGAGGGCCCGGCUCUACCAGAGCAGGAUGGGUAAAGAGACUGAGCAGAGGCAAACAGCACGAAGGCAGCAGGUGGGCACACGUUCUCAGUCAGAGAGGAUUCGCACCUACAACUUCAGCCAGGACCGUGUCACAGACCACAGGACUGGAUAUGUCACUAGAGAUAUUAAGGAGUUCAUGAGAGGAGGGGAGGCUCUCGACGAUCUGAUCUCUGACGUACUUGAACACGCAGAGAGGGAGGCUCUUCUGGAGAUGGUGGAGAGCAGCAGCACCAGCAGCAGACUGAGACAACCAGAGUCUGGACAAUCUGCAGACUGACGCCCACCACAGCUUACUGUCAAGUGGACUGAACAUACAGUAUGUCAUUUAGUGGAUGAUGUUCGCCAACGCGCCUUACACUGCUGUGACUUCAUAGCACGGCUGAAAUAUGUAUUAUUUUAAUAUUAUUAUUGCAAUUUAUGCUUGUGCAAUAGUCACAUUGCAAAGGAAGCAAUGUUAAACGAACUGCAACCAUCACUCAUCAUUAA